AUGGUUCAUAUCGGCGGGACCAAGUGCACGACCACAGACAGCAAUGGCAGUACCGUUGUGGUGCCGUCACUAGUGCAGCGACUCGAGUGGAUGCUGUACAACGCUGCCCAUUCAAUGCAUGAAUACACCCAUGAACAGUCCUUAGAACGCCGAGUACAGGCCCUUGUGACGCAGCUGGAACCUAAAGUGACACGUGAAGGUAACAGCAACAGCAAACGAAAUCGAAACAGCAACAACGAGGGCUCUGAUCAUGGUCCAGACAAGAAACGCCAGUGUUUUAGCACCAGGUCUCCCACCCACAGGAGUGUAUUUCUGCUGGACAACGACGACAACCUCGUUGGACUCGUGCUCAGCUUUCUCUCCGGUCGGACAGUACUGCGGCUACGCUCUGUGAACAAGUUUCUGUUGGAAAAUGGUCCAAAAAUGGUAACUGCGCUGCAUGUUGAGACACAUGCUCCAGCUCUACAGCAUUUCUCGACUGGCACUCUGACGCGUUUGUUGCUCAGUUGCAGUAAACUCACCAGCCUCGUCGUCACCAGCAAGCUCCGAUCUCACACUGAAAUGGUCAGAAAACCCUCUCGGGUGAUGGUAUAUCGCCGACUUUCCUUCAGCCGCCCAUUGAAGAAUGGCUUACUUGCAGGCGAACUGGUACUCAGGGAUAUUACGCGUGCGUUUGAACGAGGAGCAUGUCCUGAGUUGCAGGAACUGGAUCUUGGCUCACCGCUUGAUUAUUUCGCUGAAAGCGACGACGUGCUGAAAUGUCUGGAAGCUUUCGCGACAGGAAGACGUCGUAGUCUUGGAACACAGCGAAUUGCCGCUCCUCUUCGGUAUCUACGACUCGACUCUACCUACCUGGGCGAUACGCGCUUGAACCGUGUGGCGGACUGGAUUUCCUGCCGCGUGGAUGAUAUCAAAUCACCGCAAAAUCCCCGUACCCAGAACGGAUGCUGCUCGAGCCACAAGAUCAUACCAAAAAGGAAAAGAUCCGACACGCCAGCCGUCAAGCUGCGCACGCUGUUGCUGCAGGACAACUUCAUCGGUCAGGAGGGGCUGGAGGCGCUGUCUACAGCUCUCAAUGCUCGGCUGAUACCGCUGUGA